AGAGCCCAGUCCCGCUCGCAGGCCUGGAUCCCCUUUCCUCCCCCUCGCUCACGCGAAACCCUCGCAGCCCAGUCCCGCUCGCAGCCGCCGCCGCUCCCUUGUGAGCAGCUCCUCGGCGCGGCUCCCUCCGGCGUCAUGGCGGGCGGGUAGGGUCCCUCCUCCUCCCGUUGGCGUGACCCGCCCCCGCCCCGGUCUCCAGCAGCAGCAACAGGCCCGGCCGGCACUCUACUCCGGCGGACGCCGCCAAAACUCCGGCCGGAUCCCCGUCCCCCCCCGCCCUCCUCUCAGUUCGUAGCAGCUGCCGACGCCACCACGAGCUCGUCUAGCAAGACGGUCACACGCGCACCGGCACACCAGGGAGAGAUGAUGAAGCCCGGCUCCCGCAAGCGCCGCGCCUCGCCGCCUGCGCCGUCGGCCCCCGUCACGCUGCCGCCGCCGGGCUUCGUGGCGGACAGGGAGGAGGCGGCGGCCCGCGUGGAGCGGCUUCUCCAGUACCAGUUCAACAAGCGCUCCCUGCUCGAGGAGGCGCUCACCCACCAGUCCUUCGCCGCGGCCUCGUACCAGAGGCUCGAGUUCGUCGGGGACGCGGCGCUCGGCCUCGCCUUCUCCAACUUCCUCUACCUCACCAACCCCACAGUCGGCCCCGGCGUGCUCUCCACGCUACGGGCCGCCAACAUCUCCACCGAGAAGCUGGCCCGCGUCGCCGUGCGCCACGACCUCUACCCGCUGCUCCGACGCAACUGUCCUCGCCUCGAUCUCUUGGUAGGACAGUUUAUCCAGUCAGUGAAACAAGAAUUAGAGGAUGACCUUGGCACUACGCCCUAUGGUGGCACUGUAUUUAAGGCUCCCAAGGUGCUUGCUGAUAUAGUUGAGGCCAUUGCCGCUGCUGUCUAUGUGGAUUGCAACUUUAAUCUUGAGAAGCUCUGGAAGGUAACAAGGUUCCUCUUUGAGCCCAUUGUCACGGCAGAAACAAUAGACGAGCAACCUGUGUCUACGUUGCAUGAACUGUGCCAGAAACAUGGGAAAGAUGUAAAAUUCAAGACUUGGCAGAAGGGUGGAACAGUGGUUGUAAAUGUAUUUGUUGGUGGGGCACUUGUUGGGAUGGGCUCCUCAGAGCAGAUGGUAAUCGCUAAGCUCAAUGCCACCAGGGAUGCAUUAAGCAAGCUUCUUGGUGGGGGCAAUCAGCAAGUGUUGACAACCGGAGUUGGCCAUGGAUUGGGGGUUGAGGUUGGAGAGCUUAGGGAAUGCAAGCAGAAGCUUAUUGAGCAGUGCAGCAGGAAGCAUUGGCCAAAACCCAUCUUUAAGUUAGAGAAGGAAGAAGGCCUGGCGCAUGAUAGGACAUUUGUUUACUCCGUUCAGGUAGAAACCCAAGGUGGUAUUUGGGUGACUUUAAGUGAUAAGAUGUCAAGGGUAAAGGAUGCGGAGAAUUCUGGCGCGCAGAAGAUGUUGGAACAUCUAUUGAAAUUGGAUCCAUGCACUUGAAUUCUGACGCUACAUCCUGGUGGCGACUAUUAGGAGUAGGAAGGAGAUCCUAGAAGCCUACAUCGUGGUGGUGACUCUUAGCAUGUAGGUGGGAGAUGAGCUCAAGAGAAUAGAAGGAAAUGGUGGUGAAGGGAGAACCAAAGAGGUGAACGAGGAUGAAAAAGAUGCACCGGGAUUUUCUGAUGCGGGUUCAUCCUGUCCAUGCCGAUGAAAUCAUAUAGUUUAAAAAGCGCUGCUAUGAGAUUUUCGUCGCAAAAAAGAGCAUUGGGACAGAAGUUAGCCUUUCUAUUUAUCGGUGUAGCACUCCGAUGGUCAGAUGCAGUUGUAUACUCGCCAGUUCUUCUUAGCCAAACAUAUACUUUAAAGCCAUGCAUAUUGGUGUUUUCUUGGUGACAACCAUCCUAACAGAGCUUAGCCAAACAAAUGUAUAAUAUUUGCCCACAACCAUGGGAUUGAUGGUUAUAAAAUUUAAAUAUAUUUUUUGGUGAGCUUAGAUCAAA